AUGUCAGCUGAAUACCAAGGCAAGGAUCCCCUCGAGUUGGCCAAGCAGGCGGAGAAGGAUCUUGGUUCCUCGGCGGCAGUCCAUGGACAUGGUGGCAGUGAUUCCACCCGCGAGUCCGGCGUCGACGAAUCCGUAACCAACAAGUUCCCCGGCAGCACCGUGGCAUACGGAUCCGCAGCGAGUGGACAGGGUGACAACAGGGAGAUCCCAUUGAGUGAAGGUGGGGAUUUGGAUCCCAAGACGGGGAAGCCAUACAAGGCAGGCGAUUAUGAGGACGUUGUUGGCAAUCCUGAGGAUAAGGACCGCAAGUAUGCGAAGGACCAUGGUGGUGAGGAUGAUGUUAGGGGAAACUUGAAGAAAUAG